UGUGGGAAGGAAGAACUUUAGUAUGGACGCUUCAGAUAAAAUUAUAUUCUAAUUUGUACAGUACUUCUGUACUUGUCACAAAGAACGACAUACAUCUUCCACAACGGUAGGUGGCGAUAGCAAUCUACGAGUUGACAUCGCGGUCUGUUUUCACCAUAACACAUGGGAGAAGAAUAGUUGAAGAGGUAAAAACGGAAGCUAGCGGCGGGAUCGAGCGAUGGUGUAUACAUAUUCAGUAACAUUUGUCACACAAAGUUUAUGAUAUAAAACAGACUACUUCCUUAACAGGCCUCGACAUUUGGAUGUUAAAUGCCGCGCUGUUUGUUUUCACAACGAGCUAACUGAGCCAGCAGUGAGCAGAAGGAGGAGAAAGUAACGCUGGAGUAAUGUCUGCCAAAACAAACGCUCCUAAGCACAAAGACAGCGGAGAACUUAUUAAAAACUACCACAAACAGGCGUUUGAGCAUAUAUCGAAGGCACUGAGGAUCGACGAAGAUGACGAUGGAGAGAAGGAGGAAGCCGUGCAGUGGUACAAGAAAGGAAUAGCUGAGCUGGAGAGAGGCAUUGCUGUGGAGAUCACAGGGACAGCAGGAGAGCAAUAUGAUCGAUCGAAGAGACUGCGAGAUAAAAUGAAGGCCAAUCUCACCAUGGCAAAAGAACGACUUGCUUUGUUAGAGGCCACAUUAGCAUCUAAGAGUAAAAAUCCUCUUGUCUCAAACUCAAAUCUUGCUCCUUCACAUCCAAACUCCAAAAGCCAGCCUUCAGUGUCUUCCACCAUCAGACCUUCAACUUCUGUCAGAGCACCAACAAGACCCAUUGAACCAAAGGUGACCCCUCGCAUGGGAAGAGCUCAAAAUGGAAGACCUCCUGCUGUGAAACAGCCUCCAAAGAGGGAUAUGAAAAACUUCAAGAAUGUGGACUCUAAACUGGCCAACUUGAUUCUGAAUGAGAUUGUUGACAGGGCGGCUUCUGUCUCCUUUGAAGACAUCGCUGGACAAGAUCUGGCUAAACAAGCACUCCAAGAAAUCGUCAUCCUUCCUUCUUUAAGACCAGAGCUGUUUACCGGACUGAGGGCACCUGCACGUGGUUUGCUUUUAUUCGGCCCACCUGGAAAUGGGAAAACCAUGCUGGCCAAAGCAGUUGCUGCAGAGUCUAAUGCCACCUUCUUCAACAUAAGUGCUGCCAGUCUGACGUCUAAAUAUGUGGGUGAAGGUGAGAAGCUCGUCAGAGCGCUGUUUGCAGUUGCAAGAGAAUUGCAGCCUUCCGUCAUCUUUAUUGACGAAGUGGACAGCUUGCUGUGUGAGAGGAGGGAGGGGGAACACGAUGCCUCCCGUCGUUUAAAAACGGAGUUCCUCAUCGAGUUUGACGGGGUGCAGUCAGGCGGGGAGGAGAAGGUUCUGGUGAUGGGAGCAACUAACAGGCCUCAGGAGCUUGAUGAAGCCGUCUUAAGGCGUUUUGCAAAAAGAGUUUAUGUGGCGCUCCCUGACGAGAAGACACGAUGCACGUUGCUUAAAAAUCUUCUGGGAAAACACGGGAAUCCACUAAGCACGAGUGAACUCUCCCAGCUUGCAAAAGCAACUGCAGGAUACUCAGGAAGCGAUCUGACGUCAUUAGCCAAAGAUGCGGCACUGGGCCCAAUUAGAGAGUUGGGGCCUGAACAUGUCCGCAGCAUGUCUGCUAGUGAGAUGCGCAACAUCAAGAUGAAAGACUUUGAGGAAUCCCUGAAACGCAUCAAGCCCACUGUUAGUCCAGCAACUCUAAAUAUGUACACCAAAUGGAACAAAGAUUUUGGAGAUACAUCUGCUUUUUGAUCCUGGGUGGUCUUCUUUGUUUACCUGUAUGGAAACCAUGAGGUGAUUUGGAGAAGCAUUAUACAAAGAUUUUCUGUUUUAUGGAAAGGCUCUCCAACUACUUAAAGUUCUUAAAAGUUUAUUUGCUAUCUGUGAUAAAAAUCAUAAUUUAUUGUACAAAAUUUCCUGCCUUACCCCUGGAAUAAAAACAUCCUGUUAGUUAGUAGCUGUAGUACACUUACAGACAUAGUGAUGUUAAAAAAUCACUAUGUGAUAUCUGUAAGUAUACUUACAGACAUCACCAUGUACAGACAUCACCAAAGUUAAAAAGCAAUGAUAAUUGGGAAAAUUGCCAAAGUGCUUGGUUUUGCUGCUGUGUUCAGAGAGCACAGGCAGCUUAUACAGUAGAUACACUUACUUAACUUUUAUUUUCAAAUAAAUGAACUGUUUCUUCUUUUAGUUAUGGCAUGUCAUCGAAUAACUCCAGUAGAUGUAAAAACUCAUCUGUGAAUAAAGACAUUCAUUAAAGUGUCAUUGUCUCUUCACUAAAUGUUAGAUUUUUCUUUUUAAUCCAAGGUUUCAGUUUAUCAUGGAUUUUGUGUCAGGGGAAGACACAAAAUCCAUCCAUCCAUCCAUCCAUCCGUUUUCAUAUCAAUCAUGCCAUCCAUCUAUUCUUUUCAUGCAUCUAUCUGUUUACAACAUCCAACAAUCAAUCUUUUCUGUCCAUCUUUCCAUCUAUCCUUUGUCAUACAGUCACAGCACUUAAAUUUUUCCAGUCUUUUGUUACAGUCUUACUCCAAAUUGUAUUAAUUUAACAUCUUUCCUCAAAACUUUACACAAUGUAAAACAAAGUUUUUGAGCGUGUUUGCAAAUUUAUUAAGAACAGAAAAUCAUGAAAUUAUAUUUACGUAAGUAUUCACAGCCCUUCUUUUUCUUGUUGUUGGUUUUCUAUUUUUAAUGCAUUUGCAAAACUCUAAAAUGUUGUUUAUGCAUUUUCAAAAUGGGGUGUGUAAAAUUCUGAGAAAUGCAAUUAAUACAACUUGGAAUAAGGUUGAAACACAAAAUGUGGAAAAAGUGUAGCACACUGAAUACUUUCUGGAAGCACUGUAUAACCCAUCCAUCUACCGAUUUAUUCAUCCAUCAAUUUUUCAAUCCAUCCAUCUCUUUGAACCAUCUAUCUGUCCAUUUUUCCUUACAUCCAACCAUCCAUCUGGUUUUAUCAGCUUUGACAUUUUUAGUCUGACCAUCAGAGAAAACUCUUUCAUAAAUUAUUUUUUAACUCUUGUAUUUAUAUUUUUUAAAAAGCCUAAAAUGAACAGAGAACUUUGGAAAUUUAAGUCUGAGACUUUGACUUUUCAAAUCACAGUUUGCACAUAAAAUGUAGCUGCAAAAAUAAAUGAUAAAUAUUACAAAUCAUUUAAAUACAUUAUUUUUUUAAAAGCUACAUCAAAUUAAAUGGGACACAGUUUUCUAUUAAUUGAAGGGGUCACUGAAUCUUUUGAAAUCUUAUAAAAUGGUAAAAACCUAAAUUGUUUAAAAUGGCUGAAAGCUGAUAAUUUAAUGUGCAUUGUUGCUUUUUAAAUUCAUUUUUUAAUUGUCUUAACAAAUCUGUAGAGAACAUUAAAUAUUCUUGAUAAAUAGCAAGUGAGAUAGCAUCAUUGCCACAUUUUAGCUAAACAAAAAACCUAGCAAAUUUUAUUGGAGUGAAGUAGUUGAAGCUCCUCCUUUCUGCAUUUAAACUUCACAAAUUCACAUUAUUGGUUCAUUUACAGUUUACUACUAAUCUUUUAAGGAAAGUUGGUUCGACAGCAUGGGAGUGGGUCACUCCAAUUGGUCAGAUUUGGUCCAGUUAUUACAUUUCUUAAGGUAGAAAGUUGUUAUUGAAUCAAAUAUACUAUACAUGCAUGUGUUGGUGACAUUUUGAUGUUUAUUCUUUGAUAUUGAUCCUUUUGUGAUACUAGGGACUGAACUUGGCCUGCAAAUUGGCCUCUUGGCUAAGGAAUAUUUAUACUGGGAAAAGUACAGUGGCAUAUAUUCUGUCCCUUAUCAAAUAAAUAUGAAGGACUGAGACCAGUUCAAAGUUUGCAUCAUGGAGUAAAAUAAUGCAUCUCAUUUUUUAUAUAUAUAUAUAUGUCACAACACAUACAAAAUAUAAUAUUUCAAUUAUUUCCUGUACAAAACACAUCUGUAGAAAAAGUUGUAUUAAAUUGCUUUUUCUGGUAAGAUUACAGAGAAGUUUUCACAUCUAACUCAAAGCAUUUUCUUUCUUGUCGGUAGAUGGUGCUGCAGCUCUUCUUCCAUCCAACUUCUUUCUAAACCUAAGUUGCAACUAUUAGAUGUGACUAACAGAAAACAUUCUCAGAUGUAUUCAAGUGAUUGAAAUGUUUGUAGCAUGAAGAAGAACUAUGUAUUUACUUUUUGACAGACGAGAUGAAAUCUUCCGUUCUAGGUUUCAUUUUCUUCAUCCAUAUACUUUUAUUGUGGGUUCAGUGACUUUACAUAAUCCAGCUGCAAAACUGUCCAUCACCGAUUGUGGUUUGAAAACAGUUUCAGAAAUGAGUUACUACAUGGUGAGAAUGUGUUAUUUUAUGCUAAUAAAGUUCCUUCAACAACA